AUGCCGGGAUCGUGGUCACCACUAUAUUUGCCAUCUGCGGAGUAUAGUGGCGACAAAACUUCUGAAAUUAAUCUUCGUUUGAAUUUCAAGCAUAUUGACUACUAUCUGUCAGAAAAUGAUCAAGUUGAUUCGGAAUAUGAUCUGAAUAUUUUUGCCUUUGACGAUGCAAGUAAAACUAUCCUUAGCAAUAUAUGGACUUUCAGUAAGCUUGAGAAAGAUUCUAAGAGAGAACGUGUGACUUUAGCGAUAAGACAAUCUCUUUAUUUUCGCACCACCAUGUUGAGUCCUUCAACGUAUUUCGUGUUCGUGCUAACCUCUUACAAUCUCGUGGAUGGAGAUAAAAAAUCAGAAAUCGGUUGGUGUUCCCUGAAUAUUCAAGAAAUGUUACGCAGUUCGUCAUUUCUCCAUUCUUGCAGUGCGAACUUUUUGAAGGGAUCGUGUCGUUUGUUGUACGUUUUAUCUGAAGUUUGUAAUCCAUCUACUUUGAUCCCUGACAAACAUAUUAUUUAUUACUCUGGCGAAUCAAAUGAAGAACUUGAGAAUUGUUUGUACCUGAUUCCUGAGAAUCGAUUUGUUUCAUUUUUAGCCCGAAUUCCCGGGAUAAAUACAGAUAAAGAAUUAGACAAAUGGACUUCCGGAAUCUUUGUAAAGACAUACAUAGAAGAUAUAUCAAUCACGACGAAUUCCUGUCAGAUAGCAGAUUUUGAAAAUGAUUUGUGUUCAAAGGUUGCUGAUGACAUAAAUAACGCUUUGAACAAAGUUGGGGCGCUGGCUUCUGUAAAACUGCAGGUUUCAGAGAGAAGGAUUAAGAUUUUCCUACACAACCGUUAUACUGUUGUCCAACCUGUACCAGUUAUUUAUUUAGAUACAAUUCUUGAUUCAGAGAGAGGAUCCAGCUCAGGGAGAAGGAAAUCGACAAGUCUGCCAGAGUCUUCAUCAAAAACACUCCUUGUAGCUCGUAAUGACUCUGAAUUAUUCGCUCCUCAGGAUCCUCAGUGUGCAAUAGUAUUUAUCCUGGAGUAUGUUUUGUGUGAGAUUACAAGUUCAACAACCCCACUGAAAAUGAAUUGUUCAGUAAGAUGGGCAACGUAUCCAUUUGAAGAUAAUGUUGAAAUGUUUAAAAACGUUGGAAAUCAUUCAAUAACCUUGAAUUUACCAUUACAUGGAAGUGUAGAGCCGGCGACUAAUUCAAAUGUUACUUUAUCGUCUUCCCAUAAUAAUACUAACGGAAUACAAAUUCCAACACCUGAUGACUUUGAAAAGUCUUUACUGAAAACAGUCUGCCCAGAUGGAAGUUUUUGUUUCACAGAAAAUGUUCGGCCAAUGAUGGAACUAAUUUUAAAUUGUACCAUAUCUACUGGGGUUCGGAAAGAUACGAGCGAGAAUUCUGCAGUCGAAGACACUGUUGUAGUUACAAAGCAGUCCAAAGGUGAAUUCCAAACUCCGAUGGCAAAACAACAGUCUUCAAGAAGAAAACAAAUCAGGUUCAGAGAAUCAAAUGCUUCUCUAGAGUCAAAAACUAAUGCUACUGCUAUCGUGCAUAAACGAAGUAUUCAACCGAUUAGAAGGAAAUCAGUUUUGAAAUCGUCGACAAAAGUUGAUUCAACCAAUGAUAUUGACCAGUCUGAAGAUUUAGAAGAGUUCAAUUCAAAAUUAUUACCAGUCCCGAUUCAAGCACAAUUUAAUUUAUACACUCAACUGCUGCAACAACAACAACAACAAAUGCAAUUACUAAAUUCAUAUAGUGGUUUUUUAAAUCAUGGAACAUUUGUCGGUCCUUAUUUAGGUGGAAUGGGACCAACAGUAUAUGAACCACUAGAGCCAUCAACACCUUUGACUGCCGCAUUUUUAAAUCAGAAAUGCAACGGUCCAUUACUACUUUUAAAUAACAUGUUCCAGGGUACUGGACUGAGUCGUGCAGCAUACGCUAAACUUUAUUCUGCAGGUUUUGAACCAAUCCAGACAGAGAAUGGUGAUCCACCAUUUACAAUUGAUCCUCAAAAUGAUUCAAUAAAUGAUUUUGUCCUCAAGAAAGAAGAGCUGGAUCCGCUUAAUCAGAAUGAGAUCAUUUUUCAAUUCCUUGCCUAUUCUGGAUUCGAAUCGAGUGAGGCAAUGACAACUGAUGUACCCGAACAAAUCUACUUCACAUUUCAAUUUUAUCGUUUCCCACAGGUUAAAACGCCAACCUUAUUCAUUGAACAGUCCCCUGAAGAUUCGCUUAAUUCGGAGGGCAUUUCAUUCAGAAUAAUAUGGAAGACAAAACUUCAAGCAGAAAAGUUAUCACUUGGUGAAAUUAAAUCGCAUUCUACUUUAAACAAAGCUGAAAGUAAAACACCAGGAUAUAAGGUCAUUUUUCUUAUCGACUCCAGUUAUUUCAAACCUGGAGAAACUGAACUAUUUUUCAAUUAUUUACUUCGAGGAAAUAUGCAAAUUGAUGUGUGGAAUGCAAAAUCUCAUAUACUGAUUGGAACAUGUAUGGUUGAGUUGAAACAUCUUUGUCGACAAGGUCGUGAAGCUGUUCAGGUUACAUACAGCACUGAUAUUAUCCGCUUUAACGAUAAUGAUUUAUUUGAUGAUGAAACAAGUUCAAUUUAUCCACCUGAUAAUCAUGGUCGUUUACAUUUACGUCUUGCUAAUGUUGGACAUCGUAAAGAAUCAGCAGGAAAAGAAAUAAUUCUUAGAAAUAAUAAUCGCAAAAUAUAUUUAAUAAAUGAAAGUGAUGUUGGGUGUUUCGGAAAAUUUAAAGGUGGAGCUCUUUCAAAUAUCAAUUCAUUUGAACCAAAAGCUUUGAAUGAAAACACAACUGGUUUAACAGUUCGAGCACACAAAAUCAAGUCAACUAACAGUGAACUACAAGAGAUGUUGAAGUCGAUCACUGCUUCACAGAAUACAAUGCCUAAAACCAUCCGAGCAAUGAAAUCAUUGAAUCCAGAGAAUCGAAGAAAAGAAUUACUUAGUGAAGAUGAAGCAACCAGACAAACUAAGCUGGAACGUUUACAUUGUUCUUUAAAGGCUAUUCAUGGUUUAACAGAUGUAUACAAUGAAAAAUCAUUCCCUAAAGCAUACAGUACGCAUACUUUAUUACCAGAGAAGAAAUUACAACUAGAUACUAUUAGUCAUUAUAGAGAACAGAAAAAACGUGAAUUAAUUGAACAAAUGAUCACUGGCGCUUCAACAAUUGAACACAACCUGUACACAAGUUUUGGUUGUACAGAAUUUUUUGAAUACCAAUUAAAGAAUCCAUAUAAUGUGGAAGAUACUAUUUGUGCAACAAUUGAAGAUGACACAAAUAAUUUAUCCUUUGUUAUUAAUUCAUCGGAAGUUCGCGCUUUAAAAUUAGCCUUUGGUAUUGAUACACCAACAGAAGACAAUUUAUUCGCUGUAGACAUUACAGACAAUUUCAUAGAUGAAAACAAGAAAGGUGAAAGUCAAGCGGCGAAGAAGAUCACUGUUAGGCUAUUUCUUAAACCAAAUGAAACUGUUCUAUUGCCAAUUAAAUAUGAAGAAUGCACAAUGUUUCCUAAUAUUAAACAGUAUCAAGGUGUAGAUGAAAGAAAUCUCUCAGAAUUUACUUCAAAUAUUGAAGAUGAACCAAAAGAAAUGAAGCGUGUUGCACAGAUAAUCUUCAAAUCAACUACAUAUGGAAAAAUAAUAUCACAAUUAACUCUUCAUAUUCAUAUCCGGCCACCAAUAAUUGAUCAGAGUUUUCGGUGUUUUCAUCCUGAAUUAAGUUUCUUGAAGAAAAUUUUACGUCUUCCUCGAAGUGCUAUAGAUUGGAGGAAUAUUUAUGCUGCGAAACAAAAUACAAUUCAACAGACUAACCAUCAGCUGUGGACUAGAGUUUCUGAUCCAGAUGUUUUGACUUUAUCAAAUGUCCAGGGGGAUACAGUUGAUAUAUUGAUUAAAGUUGGUCUAGGGAAAUCACCACAAGUACGUGAAUUUCUAAUCAGCGUCUACAUAGAACCUUUUCAAAUUCGUCCAGCGUAUAUCUGGCACUGGGCUGUACAUUCACUUCAACGAGUCGAUGCUAUUGCAACAGUUGGACAGUUAUCCGCUCCAUUAGGAUUAUUAUUACGUACAGAUGACUGUUCCCCAAAUAUUGGUACAAAACGUGUCAGUGUAUACACUAGUCAUCCCAACGAAGUUAUAAUUGGUACAGAAUUUAAUUCCAGUAGUUUUCAACAGAAUCCUAUGGGGAAAGAAUUGACAUUAUCUGUUUCAUCACGUUCUGUUUAUGAAUUGAAGGUGAAAUUAUGUCCAAGAUCCUCUGGUAAGAAAGUCUAUCAAAUCAAUGUGGUGGAUAUAGAUAAUCAACGAGUAAUACGUGCUUGGAUUUUAUGCGUCGACGCUAGGCAACCAGAAGUUACAAAAUCGUUCAACAUAAAACUGCCUAAACGCGGUAUUAAUGAAUCUUGUAAUAAGCGUGUUUCUUAUACUAAUCCAUACAAAUGUAAUAAAACGUUGGUACUAGAAACUAACAGACCUGACCUGCUGAAGUUCAAGGAAUCUAUCCUAGACAUCCCAGCUGGAGGAACUAUUCAAAUCGGGCUACGCUUCAUUCCGAGAGUAACCGUUAAUUCAGAACAGAUAUAUAUCUUUAUUAA